AUCUUAUCGGAACUCGUGUUUUCUCUAUACAUGGCACAGUACUCCAAUGCCUGUCUAUAUAUGGAUCUGUCCAGUAGACUAGUCUAGGUCAGAGGCAGAUAACUUCAAGUGAUACUGCACGGCACCUACAUGGACUGUGCUGCAUAUGAUGAGAUCAAGUCCGCCUUCCAAGACGGGAAGAGUGAACAAUCCACGGACCAUCAAGUCUCCAGGUGUCAAGGUAUUACUAUAUUUCAUAUUCAUAUCAUUCUGGGGUCUUAUUUUACUUACCCCAGUGAGUUUACGCUCGCUCGCUAGUUGUGGCGUGACCUCUAGGUUGACCUCUAAGUUGUACCUCGUAACUAGGGUGCUCCUGCCCGCUCCUGCCUGCUCCGGCCUGCUCUUAAAGAGGCGGCCUGGAUAGUGACACCAAAUCAAACGCACGCUGUUUCACCGGCCAAGUCCAUAAAAUCCACCAUACUAUUCCUUACAGCGAAAUCUGUCAUAUCCAUCUUGGACGCAGC